UUUCAAAAAAAAAAAGCAAAAAUUUGUCAUUUUGAAAAGUCAAGAUCCUUCCUUCAUGAAAUCAAAGCAACCCCAUUUAAAAAUAUCCACAAGAAAAAUGAAGUUAGAGCCAGCCUUGCCCUUGCAUUUGAAAAUCAAAAUUUGAAAUCUUCGAUUUCAAUCCUAAAUAAAGUUCUCAAAUUUUGGGAACCUGUUGAAAUUUCGGAAGAAGAAAAAUGCAGAGGAAGUACUUGGUUCAGGUGGAGGAGGCUAAGGAAGCCGCCGCUGACAGGCCGUCGGUCGGGCCGGUUUACCGGAGUAUUUUUGCUAAGGAUGGGUUUCCGCCGCCGGUUCAAGGCUUGGAAACCUGCUGGGAUAUAUUUCGAAUGUCUGUGGAGAAAAAUCCCGGAAACCGGAUGCUUGGGCGUCGGAAAAUUGUUGAAGGAGAUCCAGCUAAAGCUGGUGGAUAUGAGUGGCUAACUUACAAAGAAGUCUACGAAUUGGUGUUGAAAAUUGGAAACGCAGUCCGCAGUCUGGGUUAUGGACCAGGAGAAAAAUGUGGAAUUUAUGGUGCUAAUUGUCCUGAGUGGAUCAUUAGCAUGGAGGCUUGCAAUGCUCAUGGGCUUUAUUGUGUUCCUUUAUAUGAUACUUUAGGUGCUGGUGCCAUAGAAUUCAUUAUAUGCCAUGCAGAGAUUUCCAUUACUUUUGUAGAAGAGAAGAAGAUCUCUGAGCUGUUGAAAACACUCCCCAACACAGCAAAGUUUCUUAAAACCAUUGUGAGCUUUGGUAAAGUUUCAGAUAAUCACAAGGAAGAGGUUAACAAGUUUGGUUUGGAAAUGUAUUCUUGGGAAGAGUUUUUGCAAAAGGGAGAUAGCCAACAAUAUGAUCUUCCAGUGAAAGAGAAAAGUGAUAUUUGCACCAUCAUGUACACCAGUGGGACAACUGGUGAUCCCAAGGGAGUAUUGUUAUCCAAUAAUGCCAUCAUAGCACUUAUUGCUGGUGUCAAACAUUUGCUUACAACUGUGAAGGAAGAGGUUCAAGAAAAUGAUGUUUACAUAUCAUAUCUUCCGCUUGCACACAUCUUCGACCGGGUGAUUGAGGAGGUGUUCAUUUUGAAUGGUGCCUCCAUUGGAUUCUGGCGUGGGGACGUGAAAUUGUUAGUUGAAGACAUUGGAGAGUUGAAACCAACUAUUUUCUGUGCAGUUCCUCGUGUGCUCGAAAGAAUUUAUGGUGGUUUGAACCAGAAAAUAUCGUCGGGAGGCCUCUUAAAAAAGUCGUUGUUUAACUUUGCAUACUCAUAUAAAUAUAAGCAAAUGCAGAAGGGGAAAAAGCAUGAAGAGGCAGCCCCACUUUUUGAUAAAGUUGUCUUUGACAAGGUGAAGAAGGGAUUAGGAGGAAAUGUGCGAAUCAUUUUAUCUGGAGGAGCCCCUCUCGCAGCACAUAUCGAGACUUUCUUUCGAGUCGUAUCAUGUGCUCAUGUUCUACAAGGAUAUGGUUUGACAGAAACUUGUGGUGGAACUUUUGUCACAUUACCAAAUGAACUGCCAAUGUUGGGAACAGUAGGCCCUCCAGUGCCUAAUGUGGAUAUCUGUCUUGAAUCAGUACCUGAGAUGGGGUAUGAUUCACUUGCUAACACGCCUCGGGGUGAAGUAUGCAUCAAGGGAGAUACGUUGUUUUCAGGGUACUACAAACGUGACGAUCUUACCGCAGAGGUGUUAGUUGAUGGAUGGUUUCAUACAGGGGAUGUUGGCGAAUGGCAACCGGAUGGAAGCUUGAAAAUUAUUGACCGUAAGAAGAAUAUCUUCAAACUUUCCCAAGGUGAAUAUGUUGCAGUGGAAAAUCUAGAGCUGAUUUAUGGCCUCGUUUCCGACAUUGAAAUGAUAUGGAUAUAUGGAAAUAGCUUCGAGUCCUUCCUUGUUGCUGUUGUUAACCCUAAAAAGCAAGCACUUGAGCAAUGGGCAGAAGAAAAUGGAAUAAAAGGGGACUUUGAUGCUCUCUGUGAAGACAAAAGGGCAAAAGACUAUAUACUUGGACAAUUAUCAAAGAUUGCCAAAGAAAAAAAGUUAAAAGGUUACGAAAAUAUUAGAGCGGUUCAUCUCGAUCCCCUUCCAUUCGACAUAGAGCGUGACCUUAUGACUCCAUCUUUUAAGAAGAAGAGACCUCAAUUGCUGAAAUACUAUCAGAAAGAGAUCGAUGAAAUGUACAAGAGUGGGAACAAGCCUGUUGCUUAAGGAAGAAAAAUAUUGAAGAUGACAAGGAUUGUAAAGGUUCAUAUUUAUAGGGAAGUUCAGCUCUUCCCACUUAUUUUUUCUGGUUUUCUUAGAAUUAAACCAGACCAUCAUAAUUUCUUCUUAAGGCCAUUAUUCAUUUUUCUGUAUCACAAGGGUCAGCUCUUUCUUUACUUUUGUUUUAAUUGAAUUGAAUGUUAUAAAAGAAAUAUAUCAAAAUUUAUCCUUAAGCUUGGCAAUUUUAUUAAAUUGA